CAGGUCCCGUCCCUCGCGUUGUUCUUUGCUUGGCCUGCAGAUAAUCCCCAACCGCCACCUUCAGCCUCUUCAAUUUGCUGCCUUGGCUGGUGGCAGCUGUCUCAGACAGGGGGGGGAUCUGAUGUUAUAAACUCGAGUCAAGGCAUACAUGCUUAUCGAACGGUAUGCGCUUCAAUGCCAGUGACCCCACGAUAGACCGGCGUAGGGGAUAUUAUGCGUCUAAAGUCAUGUCUUCAGGUACUAUCGGCGUGUCUUAUCGUCGACGCUAAUGCCUUUUAUCCAUAUGGAUCUGACGUGAAGUCGACCCAUUCUAACCAUAUUGCGAGGCGUCACCACUCCUUUUCUGGGCCGCAGGUGAAGAGUCUGUCGAGUAAAGCUUCAACAUGGGAGAUCAAGAGGCUUCCCAGGCGGGCAUCUCGCCGUGCCAGCACGUAUCAUGUCAUCGUGGGAGACGCACCGUCCAUGUCAAACAGUGCUGCGAUCGAUCAGGAUGGAGACGAUUAUUCAUACUUUGCAACAGUCAAGCUCGGAUCUCAAGCCCAAGAAAUGUGGAUGUUGCUAGAUACUGGAGGAACCGACACAUGGGUGUUUAGCUCGGAUUGUACAGCUGAAGCGUGUACACGGCAUAAUACCUUUGGUGAACAAGCGUCGAAAACUCUGAGCGUAUCCUCGACGAGAUGGAAUGUGGGAUAUGGGACAGGAGCUGUCAGUGGGAGUCUGGGCACCGACACACUCUCCAUCGCCGGGCUGAAUCUUAAUAUGACAUUCGGUUUGGCUACCAAUGCGUCGAACAACUUUCUGGACUACCCGAUAGACGGGAUUCUAGGUCUCGGUCGGUCUAUGGACGGUACCUUUGGUACACCUACAUUCAUGGACGUUGUGGCCAGAGAGAAGCUUCUUAAAUCCAACAUUCUGGGCUUCAGUCUCUCUCGUGCCUCCGACGGGACACGCGACGGUGAAAUCACCUUUGGCAACGUCGACAAGACCAAGUUCAUUGGAAACAUCACCUACACUAGCACCCAAGGCACGAGCAACCAAUGGACCAUCCCGUUGGAUGAUGCCAGCGUGGAUGGGACGGCAUGCAACUUUUUCAACCGGUCUGCCAUUAUUGAUACGGGGACCUCAUACAUCCUCAUCCCACCGGAGGACGCCAAAGAUAUCCAUGCUCUCAUUCCCGGGUCCUCGCAGUCGGGCGAGAAUUUUGUCAUUCCUUGCAGUUCUAACUCCACCCUGCGGCUUUUCUUCUCUGGAACCGGAUACACUAUUUCGCCCAAGGACUAUGUGGGAUCGAAGAUUGCUGGUUCUGAAUGUGCAUCCAACAUCAUCGGUCACACAACCUUUGGGGACAAGGAAUGGCUUGUGGGUGAUGUCUUCCUCAAGAACGUUUACGCCGUGUUCGACUACGACCACAAUCAAGUAGGAUUUGCAGGUCGUGAUGCUUCCUCCCCUCCGAUCUUCAUACCUAGCUCAGCUACACACCUGCCAGACAAAUCUCAGCAAAACAUAACAUCCACAUCGCGUUCUGCAAUAACAGGCACGGGAAUAAUUGAGCAGCUUACAAGUGAUGCUCCAUUCAGCCAUUGCACUGGUCUCUGGCCAGCUUUCGCAGUACUAUUCUGGCUCUAUUGGUUCUGCGGUUUGCCUUGCUUCAUCACCUGGAUAUAAAACUCGACCUUGUACAGCAGUCCUAUCGUUUCAUUUUGAGCGUCUCCAUACCCAUCGCACACGACCAUCGAUUUCUACCUUACCUUUUUUUUUUUGUUAAUUGUCCAUAUAGUUUUAUUUACAGCCCCCCUGUUGUAUAGCGUGAAGAUCCUCCCUGCAGUGCCAGGUUGUAUCUUCUUGAACUACAUAUGGUUGACUGAAUAUUUUUCAGAGCGUUGAUAUCUUGUUUGACCAUGCGACAUUUUCUUCUGUUUAUUUAUUUAUCUUUGGACAUUGUUUUUUAUACCUAGGUAGAAUCAAGUUAUAUAGACACAAUAUAUU